AUGGCACUUCCGCCACACGUGUAUUCUUUGACUGUGAAACAACUGUUGGGAAAGAAGAGGCAUACAACCGGCAAUUUGCCUAGGGAUGGUGCGGACCAGGCAGGGUCCUCAUCAAAGGUGGUCCAUGCACAAAAGAUCGAACCCCUCACUAUUAAAGAGCUUAACGACUUUGUUUUAACCGGUGAUCCCCAGAGCCCAGCCUUCAAGCAAGAUCGUGGAGCUAGACAGCUAGCUGAGCGUAUAGCUGCAUUGUCUGAGACAAUUUGUCUCCAAAAGCGUGGAAACAAAUUUUUCCCUCCACUCAGUGAACAGAACACCUGA